AUGCGGCGCCGCGUGCUGGACGUGCUGUCGGGCACGGCUCGCACCAGCCUCGAGCUCAGCCGCAGCUUCGAGCAGGUGGUGGGGCUGGAGCCCGACCGCGACCUGCUGCAGCUCGGCCAGCAGCUGCGCCAGGUCGGCCACUGCGUCUACAGCUUCUCCGAGGAGGGCGGCGACGCGGCCGUUCCGCUCACCGCCAAGCUCGACCACCAGUUCGAGUGUGAGCGGGUGGAGUUCUGGCCGGACGACCCGUGUCAGCUACCGCGCGGCUUCAGCCAGUUCGGCUGCGUACUGGUGGCGGACACGCUUACCCAGCUCAGUGCGCCGGCCGACUUCCUGGCGGCCGUGCAUCAGUACGUGGUCACCGACGGCUGUCUGGUGAUCGCCUCCAACUACGACUGGGGUAGCAGCCACCUGCCCAAGAGCGCCUGGCUGGCCGUCGGCGAGGACGAGUCGACGUUCUACGCGCUGCAGACGCUGCUGGAGCCGCACUUCGAGUGCGUGGCCGCCCACGAGCGACUAUGCCGCCUCCUGCCGCUCACCCUGCGCACGUACACGCUGUCCCUGCCGGAGGCGGCAGAGGCUCAGUGUCGGUGUGGCGGCGCAAACAUGACAGAGAGCAGCAGGUGUAGCGCGGCGCCGGCCGAACCGGCGCCCUGCAAGAGGCCGCGCCUCAGCCGGCAGGAGUCCCCGGCCGACGACGAGCCGCGCCGCCAGCUGCACGCGCGCGCCCUGCUGGGCUGCCUGUGCCCGCUGCCGGCUGGCCGCUGUCUGGCGCUCACCGCGCUCCUGCUGCCGCCCGAGCGCGCCCAGCGCCUGCUCGAGGCGCUCGUGGCGACUGUGCUCGAGUCGGAGCGGCCGCUCGAGGUGUGCCACGCGCUGAACGCGCUGCAGUGGCUCAUCGAGCAGCACGAGGACGAGCCAGACGUCGGCGGUGGCGAGCGGUCGCGGCCGCGGCCGCCGCCGGCCGGCUGCGUCGUGGUCAGCGUGGCGCCCGACGCCGAGGCGCUCACCGAGAUCAAGUGCUCGAUCACGGCGCUGCUGGAGAACCGAUGGGUGCCGGCCACGCAGCGCUUCUGCCGGUUGCUGACGCGGCCGGCGCACGAGACCGAGGUGCUCGCCUUCCUGCGGCUGUGGGCCACCAUCAUCUCCGUCAAGAACAACCUGAGCAUCGUCGAGACCAAGUCGCUGUACGGCCGACUGGAGGGGCUGCUCGGCUCGCUUGGCGCGGACGCGUCGCCGCACGUGUGGCGCGCCAUACUCGACCUGUACGCCGAGGUGCUGUGCUACGGCAGCACCAUCGCGCUGCAGGACUGCGUGGCUGAGGAGCCGGCCUGCCUGGCGCACGCACUGCUGCGCCAGGCGCGCGCCGGCCGCCUGCUGGAGCUGGUGCCGUACGAGCGCGGCGCGCGCGCCUUCGCCGGCGGCGGCGGCGGCGGCGACGCGGCCGGUGACCGGUCCCUGCUGCAGAAGACGGUGCUGCUGCUGCUGAAGGCGCUGGCCGUGACGGUAAAGGAGACGCGCUGCGAGAGCAGCAGCGAGGCUUCGUCGGCGCGCUCGGCCGGGGGCUCCGGCUCCGAGGAGCAGGACAUGGCCAUCAUCGAGCGCACGCUGCGCGACGUGGUGCGCCGGCUCGACGCCUGGAUCAAGGCGCGCCUGCCCUUCCACCCGGAGACGCCGAUGAGCGAGUGGGCGGUGCUGCUGCUCUGCGACCAGGACGACUACCUGGUGGAGGCUAUGGUGUGCCUACUGGACCUGUGCAACGGCCUGGCGGGCCGCGUGCGACUGCAGCCUGACUUCGAGCGCGCCGUUGACCCGCACCGCAGCUUCGUGCAGUUUCUGGAGACGGUACUGCGCGACCACGACCUGUUGCUCGACUUCCUCGUGUCAAACGAGACGUGCUUUUUGCUUUACCUGCUGCGCUACCUCAAGUACGUGCGCAAACACUGGACCCAGUUCACCGCGGUGUGCUCCGGCAAGUUGGAGGAGGUGAUGACCGUGCUGAUCCGACUGCGACUCUCGCUGGAGCGGCUGGUGGCGCGCGACCUGUUCCCCUACAACGUGGGCCCGAUCCUGCGGCUGCUGGAGAAGUGUGAGGACCUGUACGAACACCACCCGCCGGCCGGAUAGCCGCCGGCGCCGGGCCGCGCGCCGCGCGGCUCGCCAAACGAACAAACGGGGUGGCUCGUACCGCGCCACGCCGCCGUGACGUCAUCCGGGGGAGGGAGGUCGGCCGAGACCAGCUCGGGGUGAUGUUGCCUUGUCUACCUCGUCCUGCUAGACGCUGGCACGUGUCGGCGGUGAGCGGGGUCCGCUGUGUGGUCAGACGGUCGCAUCCAAGGUCUGAGUGCGUGGGUGACCCGAUGUAUGCCGAUUGCGGCAUCGCGGAUUGCGGAUUGCGUUCUUGCAACAUCCAUGUUGGAGAUCGGUGUGGUAACCAUGCAGUGCAAUUGGAGGAAGGUUUGAAACUCAGAAGGUGCGUGGUGAAUUAGCUUUCGUAGCCGAGCGUGCUUUUGCUGUCUGUGUAGUACGUGUUUGUCGUGAUUGGUGUGUGCUGCUUGCAAUAGGUUUGUACGAGGUUUACAUCGGAAGUGGAUUUGCUGUGUGGUAGGCGCAGACGUUGGAUGUUUUCUCUGCCUUGUCCCGUAAUAUGCUGGCGUAUAAUCGUCGAAUACCGAUUUUAUAAGCGAUUCGUGCAAGGUAUCGUAUUGUGGCCUUUCGUUGUCUUUUUCAGCCUAAAACUGGUUAGUGUCGGCGCGGCUAGUUGUCUUGUCUUGUCCUUUGGCUUGUACAUCUUAUCAAUCGUGUCCAAGUAAUUGCUGCUAGGCAUGCAUUAGCCUACCUGAGGAAUCUUUUGACUGACGUCCGUGAAUUCUGAGGUCAGAACCACCCAAUCGCCGGAGGACAUCAUGGCAUCUGAGAACCAUCGAUUGAGGUUCUCGGCAUCUGAGAACCACCGAAUGGGGUUCUCGGCAUCUGAAAACCAUCGAUUGGGCCAGGCGUGGAACUUGUUCAGAAUGAUUAAGAAGCACGCGCUGUUUUGAAAUGUAAUGCUUUCCAAACGACUCAUCUGGGUCACACAUAAAAUUAGUGCUACGAAGGGGGGGGGGGCUGUCUCCCCCUCAAUUAUGCUGCGAGUUCAUCUACACGCGGGAGUCCGCGCAUGUCUGUUCCCAAUUUAUCUCGCCUCGUCUCGUCCACUCUCUACACAUCUAGCUGACCUAAAUCCCUGCGUAUCCUGUUCGGCCUUAUGAUGCCCACGCUUGUACUUGGCUGCUGAGUGGUGCUCUCUCGUGUCCUGCAGCUGAACAAUAGAGCGUUCAAUCUGAAA